GUAGCAGAAUAUACUGUUUUGGAAGAACAACUUCAGAAAACCCUGAGAGAUCUAGAUAAACGAGAACGACAGCUUUUUAGUGCUGAAUCAGAGCUUCAAAGAGUAAAGAAGGAAUUGCAAGCAGAGCAUGAACGAAAUCUGCAGGAGCUCCAGGAUUCUGUGCGGCGAGCCAGAGAAGAAUGUGCACACCAGGUUGAGCUAGAAAGGUCAAAAAUCAAACAGCUGGAAGAAGACAAGCUUCGCUUACAGCAGCAGCUUUAUGAAGCAGAAAAUAAGCAUAAAAUUUUGGAGAAGGAGUUCCAGCAAUACAAAGAACAGCAAAGUAGCAAACCAGAAAUCCAGCUGCAAUCGGAAAUAAAUCUUCUCACUUUAGAAAAGGUUGAAUUUGAAAGAAAGCUAGAGUCAGCUACCAAGUCAAAGCUCCACUACAAACAACAGUGGACCAGGGCUUUGAAAGAGCUUGCAAGGUUGAAACAGCGUGAACAAGAAAAUGCAAUGGCUCACCUUAAAAAGCAGCAACAAGAGCUGGAGCACAUGAGGUUGCGCUAUUUGGCAGCAGAAGAAAAAGAGCUGGGGAAAACAGACCGACAAGAGCUGGAGGAUAUCAGAAAUGAACUUAACAGGCUAAAGCAACAAGAAGAGAGAAAGCACUUGCAAGAUGUUAGGGAUAAUUCUGCUGUUACAGUGGAUGGUCUUCAUUCUAGAAAAUUAAAUGAGAACAUGGAUGAUUAUAUCUCUCUUCUGAUAGAAGAGAGGGAUACCCUGUUGAGAACAGGAGUAUAUAAUCAUGAAGACCAUAUUGUAAGUGAACUCGAUCGUCAAAUUGGAGAAGCUAUUGCAAAAAGGAACAUCACUUAA